CGUUGCAUCUGUGACGUUUACCACUUUUUAUGAUCAAGGUUUACUUUAGGCAAGAAUAAAUUAUUUUAAAAAUGUCAAAUUUGGGGAGAAAUCAGGUACUUGGUUUAUACAGGUCGUUAAUUAAAGAAUCAAAGAAAAUUCCUGCUUACAAUUUUCGCAACUAUGCUCUACGAAAAGUCCGAGACUCUUUUAAAGAGAAUAAAACAUUGACGGAUCCAAAAGUAAUUUCGGAACAAAUCGCGGAUGCUGAACGAAACUUGGAAGUAAUUAAGCGCCAGGCCCUAAUAGGACAAAUGUACAAUACGGACAAAUUAGUAAUUGAGACAAUUUCAGUGAGCAAACGGUAAAAAUUGUGAUAUGUAAAAGACUGUGUGUUGUUACCAAAAUGAGAUGGCCUUUUGUGUACAUUGUAGUGGAAGAAGAAUCUAAGUUGUAAAAUGUAGAUGUAAGCUCCAUAUUAGUAUUUUUAGGUAUUGAAUUAUUCAUAUUGUUCAUUCUUUUUAAGCAAUGUAAGUUAAUAAUAAAUAAAUUAGUUCUUCUUUAAAUAA